GCAGCUACAAACCUCACCGUACAUCACCGUGUUCAAAGCCUGAACACAACCAGGAAGGCGGCGGCCUCCCUCUGCCCUAAUAUGCCUCGUGAUGGCGCAGGCGCUGAAACUGUCAGCUUUGUUACCAUGGCUCCGGCACCAACGGAGGAGCAGAAGCUGCUGUAUUCCAAUGUUGGCUCCUCGCCGGGCAGCCAGCUCAGCUUAGAACAGCAGCCAACUGGUGGCGACGACUUUGGGAUGAAUAAGAUUACCCUGACCUCAAUGGACCCCGAGGAGGUUAUGAUUAAUCUGAACGAUCCACAGAAAUCGAUAGCCAGCGUGGACGAAAUUAAGCAAGCGUCCAGUCCAGGCACCAUGCUUCUCUUGUUUGUCGUUUUCAUCACCUUCUUUGUGGGCGGAUGCGUGGGCAUUGUGUGUGUGAAAGCGAAGAACCGCCUGGAUGGUCAAAUGGACGACAGCCACCACAAUCACUUUGGCAAGCCUAUACAAUUUAAAACCCAGAAUACCGGCAAGGACAUCAAUCUGCUGAUGGGCUCCUCCUGACACCCUAUGUCACCACACAGAAAACGCCGAAUUUGGAUAUUGAAAAGGAUCGCAGUCAUGAGUGCAAAACCUCCACAGAACAUUUGGAAAAGGAGCUGCCCUGCAAGACGUCCACGCUGACGAAAGUGAAACGCACUUACAUUUAAUGUGGAAGCAGCAGCAGUAGCAGAUCCCUCUGCAAAAUUAGUCGAAUUUCUCUAUAUAUUCUAUAACAUAUUUUCGUAGUUUAUGUUGCUCUGUUAGUUGUACGAGUAGUAACCCCCCCACCACAUCCCUCGAACGGAACAGACAACAGCUUCGGUGAUGCGUUUGAAACGCGUCUCAAGAGUACGGCGCAGAAGCUGUUGCACCAUUUUUUAUAUGUUAGCGUCACUAAUAUAAUUUAAUUGUAUGUAUUAAUUGUUUAAGUUAAGGUUAUUUGGCAAAAUUUAGUUAAAUUUAUUGACAACAAAUUUCGCGGGCUGCCCAAGCGAGGGCCCAAGCAAUCCGCAUUCCCUUCACGCCGACUUUUUCUGUCCAAGCUGGAAUGCUUGCGCCUCGGGCUUAACGAGUAGCAGCCCCGACAUGUCGGGCCCCUUAUGUGUAUUCUAUAUGUAUAUUCUGUAAGUGCAAAUAUUAGAGCUGUAAAAAUCUACACACAUACAUAUCAUAGUACCCAAUCAGCAUGUGGCCGAGAGAGACCCCCAGAGAAUCCCAACCCGCAGCUCGAAUAAUUUCUCGAAAUUCAAACGAAUAUUCUGCAAGUAUUUUGUUAGACUGAAUUUUUUUUUUUCUGUAUAAUUGUGUGUUUUUGUGGAGAACUAACAUGCCAGUGCGAUUCCGGUUGCGAACGGUAUAGACCGGAAAGGUCUAUGCUUUGUGGCUAACAAAAGCGUAAAAAUUGUAUCUAACAUAAGCUCAAUAAGGAAUUUAAAAUUUAAAUGUAUUUUUUAUAGUAAGAACUAGUCUAAGCUACGAACAAAACUUCUAUGAGGCUGUUUGAUAUGAACUGAGUGCUCAGCAUUUUAAUAUUUUUAGUAUGUCUACGUUUUAAGCUGUUGUCCGUCCAACUGCAGAUUUUACAUAAAACAUGUACAAUGGCAAUUAUAUUUUAUAAAGUGUAAAAUCCAAUUUUCGUAUAACUAAUAUAUAUAUUUUUAUAUGCAUGUGUACGCCUAGUGUCUAAAGAAUCUAAGCAUAAGCAUAAGCAUAAUCCAUAAACGGAAAACAUGAAAAAAGCUUCACAUAAAAUAUUUUUAAAACCUGAAAAAAAGGAACAUAAUCGUAAAGGAAAAAUUCUCAUAUUGUGAUAGAUUUUAUUGAAAUUUUAUAAUGAUGAAAUGCGAUGCCUUCUUGGUCGACAAACGAUGAUAGAGUCUGAUUGCAUGCAUGAUAAUAUACAUACCUGUAGGCCAGGAUCUUCUGAUUGGAGGAUCGGAUCAGAUCACAAGAUGGAAGCAAUUACACGAU